UGCAGGCAGCCUAUUAACGGCUAAUUUUAGUCAACUGGUGGACUCCGACCAUACCUAUUCCAACAUAGGACAACUCCCUACAUCUGCAGACAUAAUGCCCAGUGUACAAAUAGCGGCUGUCGCUCUCAGUGGAGUAUGUUCUGUAUGCUGGCGCUAAUGACACGCUGUUGAUGGAAAAACCCUUAGUAGAUCAAACCUGAUGGCGUCAAACCGUCCCAAAACGAUGAUGGAUACUCUCGAAACCAAAGUUCGUCCCUGUACCCCUGAUUAUUUUGGAGUGGACCUCGGCGGGGAGGACCCGGCCAAAGGCUGAUAUCGAUCGAUCCUCUGACGGCAGAACAACUGACAGAGAUGUGAUCUUUGGCACCGUUUUCAGCUAAACUAAAUGAUAUGGAAACCGUUUCCAUGAGACGGUCUUAUGUCCUUAAUUUGUCGUGAUGAGGCCAUGAGUCAAAACGGAUGCCUACAGAGAUAGCCGAUAAGUUACAUAUCAUGUUAUUAGUAUCAGUUGUGAUCAGACUUAAUCAUACCUGGAAAAUAGUUUUGAAUUACAGUAAAUUCUUCUGAAGGACGGGUGUGGAAAUGGCUCUUUUGGAAAGAUGUGAAACUUGAAUGGCUUCAAACUGUACCUACUCAAUGCUACGUUUUUCACACAAACGUUUCUCUUGACCAGACUACAUUUAAAGUGCACUCAUCAUCGCCAGUUAAAAGUGCAGGGACAUCGCCACAGUAUUAGUAUGGACACGUCUUUUACUGUUGAGGUAUUUUUAAAAGAAGGAGCUGAAAGCGUUUACCCAGCGUAAAGGAUUUCAGAAUGGCACCAUUAGUUUCACUCUCUUAAAAUGAUAUACGUCGCUAUGUGUUUUCAAGGUACAUGUCUACCCUGGGCCGUUUUCUUCUGUUCUGAAAAAAUCGAUGUCGUUCAACUAAAAAAAUGUUAACAUUGCUCUCGCAGUUAGACAAAGAAUUCUCUGUCUUCCACUGGUGACGGGAGCUCGGAAUGCCUUGAAAACAAGCCUCCCAUUGUUGGACAAAAGCUCAAGGAAUGCUCAUUGUAUUUACAACUCAGUGUCAGUUCGAACAACAGUGCACGUAACUCUGACGUGGAACCCAAAUACAGAUAUGCUUAAGCCUUACAUUCUAGAUGACUGCAAUUCCUCCACACCAUCCUCUUAUUAUCAGCAAAGGUUUUUCUUCGAAGUUCUCCUGGCACAAAUUAACGACUCACGAACGACACGACCAGUGAUGAACAACGUGACGACGGAGCCUCGUGUUUCUAUCACUACCCAGUUUCCUUUGAGCUUAGGUGUUUCCUCAUCGGAGCUUGUACGGAUGGGUUACUACGAAACUUUGUGUUUAGCCAUUCUUUUGGUUACUAUCAUAAUCACGACAAUUGUUACCAACUUCAUAGUGGUUGUUGUUUUUGUGACAAGGGAAAACCGGAAGAGGAGCAAAAAUAUAUACCUAGCCAACCUUUCCCUCGUCGAUUUGAUCAUCGGUCUCACUAUUAUGCCCGUUUCCAUGCUCAGUCUUUUGAACAAAAACUGGCAUCUACCCAGUGUCGAAUGUCGGAUUCACCUGAUUUCUCUACACUCGCUUGUCUUUGCUUCACUCCUCGCUGUGAUGCUUGUCAGUAUAGACAGAUGGUACUCCAUAUGCUAUCCUUUCACAUAUCGAGUUAGACCAACGGGUCGUAUAGCUCUGUACGCCGUGGUAGCAUCAUGGCUGUUCUCUUUUGCGAUCCACCUCCCUCUGGUGGGAGCCUGGGAUCUUAUAGCAGGAGGUACAUGGGUAGAGCUUCAGCAAGGGAUCUGCCAAAGCCCCAGUCUCCAACACCCAGCAAUGGUGUUCACUUUAACUCUCCUCAAAUAUCUGACGCCCCACCUCAGUAUGCUGCUUCUCAAGUGCAGUCUGUACAAGAAGAUUAAACAACGAAAAACAGUGAACGUGAGGAGAUCUAUCAGCAGUGUGGACACAGCCGCCUUCUGCCUCAUCAGAGCGUCUAUGUCUGAAACAGCCAUGAACGCGUUAGCGGAGGCGGCAGAAAAUAUCCAUAACGGACCGCGAGUUCGAAUAGUCUGCCCACCUCCCAUCGAACGACGUAACACGAUGGACUUACUACCAGUUCAGCCUAGCUCGAGGACCAGCCGAUCUGGUCAGAGUCGGAGUUGGUCCGGUUCGCCGGAUCAGCGUCCGAGUCUCCCACUAGAUCCUCCUACGCUAAAACGCCGAAUGUCUUUACAAGACUGUCUUCUCUCAUACAAUAAACGUGGGAGCAAGAGAUACUUCUCUAAUGCGUUUAAUCCCGAUGGAACAUUGGACAACCGCAGAGCCACUAUAGGAGACCUGGCAAAGAACUUGCUGGAUAAGCAGGACUCCAAGGCUGCCUGGUACCUUUCUCUCCUGCUCGCCAGCUCCAUGAUAUGCUGGACGCCGUGGUCACUGUUCAGUCUAGUCAGUGCAUUCUUGCAGUUGCCCACCUGGGUCAAUGACCUGGCACUCUGGAUCCUGCUCGGGAAUUCCACAGCAAACCCUUUUCUUUACGGACUACUAAACAAAGAUUUCCGUAGAGUAGUAGCCUCUUGGCUCAGACUGCGCGGAAGUAAGAAAAAACGACUGAAAACUGCACUACGCAUGCUCAGCUGGCAGAUGGCAUGGGGUACCACAGAUCUACAAGCUGGGGACAGAACACCGGAACAGCGAUCAAGUCUCACUCCUUGUCAAGAGGGGGAAGAGUGUUAAAAUCAUACCUUUGUUGUUUCGUCAAAAAAUACAUUGUGGUUAGUAUUUAAUGUUCCCCAUAUGAAGUAUAAUGAGCUCACCGUUGUAUACUUUUCAAUGCUUUGAAUACAUUUUCCAAAUGAGUGUGAACCGUACAUUCCAGUAUCACAAAUUGGGAUUUAUUCAGAGAGCCAAGUGCCAUUCCAUACCUACCUUAAUGUUCAAUGUACAAAGUUUCAAAAUUAACAUUACUAUGUUUGAAGGCUAAAUGAAGGCCUCGAGAUGACGGCUAUGAGAUUGGACGUGCUUAGAAUUAUGGUAGUUUCGAUUCAUGAAACGGUUAUUCCGUUCUCUCUUUCUUUACAAGAGGCAUUCCUCGGGGAAUUGAAGUUUUUCUAGACUCAGUUCAACCACCCACCGUGCUCCAUCUUCCCCCUACUUUUUUUUUAUCAAUAUUGUUGAAGAAAACAAAUUAGAUAUCGAUAAGAACACAAAUUCACAAAGACUUAGCAAAGGUCUGUGACAAUGGUCCAACAGACGGGUGAGUACUUUUCGCUAUUCUCAUGGAGACGUCUAGACAGUCUUAGGAGAAAAUCAACGUAUUUACACUGAAUGUGUGGGGCAGGGGUGUGUUGCCGUCUCAAAAUGAGCAAUUUAUAUAUCAAUCCUAGUCAUUGCAGUGAUCCUGUGUAUGCACCUAAAGGCCGUUAUUUGAUGUAGGGCCCAAUUAUUUCUUAAUACUUUUUAUUAUUACUUGAUCCAAAUUUUUGGAGAGAAAAAGUUACUUUAGUUUGGACGCUGGCCUACGUGCUCAUUGACAAAUGAGUAAUUUCGCGGACAGACGAAAAUGAACAGGCUAUAACUUCAAACAGCCUACAUCUUAUCUUUGCUUGGCCUGAAAAACGUGUUUAACUUUGAGACUGUUAAUCUUUUUUUUUUCUUUUUUUUUUUUGUUACUAAAGGUAGAAACCUCCGAGGUUUUAAACAAGAGAACACAAGAGUUAUAUUAUGGAAAA